ACCUGCGCUGUGUUUAAAAAGAGUCAAGAGCUUCCGCCUGGGAGGAAGCCCAGCCUCCUUAAUUGUACAAGAACCGUGACUGAGGAUCUCAUAGGCUUUCAGCUGCACUCCAACAAGCGUGCCUGGGGUAGCAGAGAGUUGAAGUGCAGAGCUAGGAGUGACAGAGAUCCGAGCCUUCUCCCUCACUGAGGACUCUAGCCUGGGACCAUGCCCUUCCUGGAGCUCCUCACUGCCUGCCUGCUGGGCUGGGCUGCUGCUUCCCCGCGCUCAGUGCGGGUUCAGCCCGAGUUCACUCGCUCCUUGCGCACUGUCAGCCCUCGGUUCCUGUCGGUGGCUCUAGACGCUUCCCUCCUCCGGACAGACAGCCUGGAUUUACUCCGAUCUCAGAAACUAAUCACUUUAGCAAAAGGCUUGUCACCUGGGUACCUGAGAUUUGGUGGAACCGGAGCUGAUUUUAUUUUAUUUGAACCAAGUGAUCAAUUGUCCUUACCACAAGAACAUGGCUGGGAAUCUUCAAGAAUUGAAGGUACUUGUCUCAACACAAUUCCUGAUGACGUAGAGAAGUACCUGACACAUCUCUUGGCCUUGCAAGCUCCUGUCAUUCUGAAAGAGCAAUUCCAACGAGACUUUAAAAACAUUACUAUUUCAGAAAGGUCUGUGGACAUCUUGUACAGUUUUGCAAACUGCUCUGGGCUUCACUUAAUCUUUGGUCUCAAUGCCUUAUUGAGGAAAAAACAAGCAUGGGACAGUUCAAACGCUCAAAAGCUUCUGCAGUACUGCGCAAUGAGAAAAUAUAAUAUGUCCUGGGAACUUGGAAAUGAGCCCAACAGUUUUAGAAAGAAGGCUCACAUAAAAAUUCAUGGCUCGCAGCUUGGACAAGACUUUGAGCAUUUGUAUAAUCUGCUGCACACAUUCAAGAGCUUCAACCACUCUGGACUCUAUGGACCUGAUAUUGGACAGCCUGGGAAACAAGCGAUAAUCACCUUGCUGAAAGGAUUUCUUAAAACUGGAGGGAAUGUCCUCAGUGCAAUCACCUGGCACCAUUAUUACCUGAAUGGGCGGACUGCAUCACUGAAGGACUUCCUGAACCCUCAGGUGUUGGACAGCCUUAUUCUUAAAAUUAAUCAAAUUUUUGAGAUUGCUUCUAAAAUUGCUCCUGAAAAGAAGGUAUGGUUAGGGGAGACUAGUUCAGCUUUCGGAGGAGGAGCUCCUGAUCUCUCAGACAAAUACGUAGCUGGUUUUAUGUGGUUGGACAAACUUGGACUGUCGGCUAAAUUGGGCAUUGAUGUUGUUAUCCGACAGGCUUUGUUUGGAGCAGGGUUUUAUCAGCUGGUGGAUAGGACUCUUGACCCAUUACCAGAUUAUUGGCUUUCUCUCAUUUAUAAAAGACUUGUCGGCACCAGGGUACUGAACGUAUCUGCUGGGUACAAAGACACAGCCGACAAUGGAACCUUACGGGUGUACAUGCACUGUACCAACCCCAACAGUUACAUCUAUCGAAAGGGAUCAGUAACGAUGUUUGCUUUAAACCUGAGUGACCAAGACAAACACAUUCUCCUUUGCUGCUCUUUGUUCAACAAAACUAUUCAGUACUUGCUUCAACCUGGUGACAGUAGCAGAGGAUUAUAUUCACAGUCUGUUCAACUCAACGGCAAGCUUCUCAAAAUGGUGGACAGGACGACAUUGCCAAUUAUCACUGGGAAAGUGCUACAACCAGGAAAACCGAUUGUUCUCCCUGCUCUUUCCUACGCAUUCUAUGUGGUUCAAGAUGCUAAGGCCCCUGCUUGUCAAUGAAAGAACAUCAAGGAAAUGGUACAACUAGCAGUGGUUUGAACUUAAUCUUGCACCGAGUUAAAUAUUUGCUGGAGAUCAUACUAAGUUCUACGAAACCUCAUGGAUUCUCCAUGACCUCUUUACCAAAAAGGACCAAGAUUUCUAACCACGAAUAUAAAGCUGUCACUUGGAGUCUGUUAAUUGGGCUGCACUUUUGAGUGUGAGUGAAGGUGAAUUGAAAUUUGCCUGCCAGAAUGCAAAAUCUGAUUUUGACUGUUCUUCCCAAUUCCAGAUGUAAUGGGGAACCAAGGUUCUGGUGAGAAUGAGGAACAAAUGGUUAUCAGUUUCAGUCAAGAAAUUGCUCGAGAAAUUUAUCAGAAAGAAAUAACGACCACCACCCCAACAGUAGAGGUGGUAAUCACUCAAAGAUGCUGAAUGGAUCAGACCUGGCAUCUGCUCCACUGAACAUUGUCCCCUCUAUCACAGUCAUAUCCAAACAAGUGUUGAACUUCUGACUUGCAUGUUGAAGUUACCAACACCUAUUUUCGGCAGGUAUCUGAAUAGUUACCAAUGCCAGUAACUUCCAUACAUUGAUGUAGGUCAUGUGCAAAGAUUAGCUCAUAAGACUGGAACUACUCCAAACUUGUCCUUUUUAAACUACUUGCAUCUUUACUUUUCUAGUGAAUUAAUCUUCCUUCAAUAUCCAGGUGGUAGUCAAAAUGUAUAUUGUAUAAGUGUUUGACAUAAGGUGCUACAAUUUAUUUGUUUUUUGUUUUUUUUUAAUAUUGUUUCCAUUUCUGUGAAUAUUUAGCUUAUAAAAUUUCAUUUUCCAUAAACAUUAAAAGCAAAUUUGUCAGGUGUGGUGUCACUGAGCCAGAUACAUGCUGCCUCUAUGUGGCUGGUGUGGGUGGCACUAAAAUCCCUUUGGCAUGGGUGAAUGGCUAUCAAAUAGUCCAAUGUGGGCAUCUGUGAGUUGUGAAAUUCUGCUGCAGCUAUGCCUGCCAAUUUUACACAUUGCUGCACCAGCAUUGGUGCUAUCACUGUAAUUACAGAAAGACCUAAUUUAAAUUUAUUGUUGUACAGUUAAACAGUGUUAAAUGUAGUAAAGGAACAUACAGGGAAGAGUCACCAUAAUAUAUAAGAAUUCUGUAGGCAGUUAGUGAACCUAAAACUAUUGCCUUUAAUCUGAACAAAGCAAGCUAUUUCGAUUGAGGCUAACAUAAAUUGGGAAGUUAAAAGAUAUGAACAUACGUAGACAAUUACACAAAAAUGAAUUCACAAUGAACAUACAUUCCUUUGUGAAAUAAAAACUCCACGGCAAAAAUGAAUCAUCUGUAGCUAACAAAAAAAAGCAAAUGUGAUAUUCAAGGAAGAGACUAAUAACAUUGCAAAAAGUAGUUAGUUUCAGAAUUUGAAAGUUUGAAAAUUCAUUAAAGGAUGACCAAAAAUGGUAAAGAUAAAUAGGAAAGUAAACUAGCUAGGGGUACAAAAAUAGAUUGUAAAAGAUUCUAUAUGUAUCCAAAAAGAGUUUCUCAAGAGUAUGUUGGGUUCCUUUGUGGCAGAGACAGGACAAAUUAGAGGGAAUAAGGAAAUGGUACUGACAUUAAACAAAUGAUUUUUAUUUAUCUUCAGUGUGAAACAUGCAAAAAAUAUUCUGGAUGUAAUAGGGAACCAAAGGUUUGGUGAAGGUGAGGAACAUAUAGUGAUCAGGUUCAGUCGGGAACAGGGCUGCUGAAAAAAUUUAUGGAAAUAAAAACAAAUGCACUGGACCCAAUGGUCUAGAGAAAAAGAAGACAAUGGAAGUGUUGAUAUAUAGGCUUUGAACUCCUAGAACUCCCCCUGUUUGCAAGGUAGGAAAUGUAACUCCAAUGCACCAGAAAACAGCAAGAGAAAAAAGAAACGGUACAAAGGCCACUUAGCCUUAUUUUAGUAGUAACAAGUGUUAAAUCUAUUAUAAGGGUCAUGAUAACAAAGCUUCACCAACAUUGGUGCUCUCACUGUAAUUACAAAAAGGCCUAAUUUAGGUUUAUCCCACAAGCAUUUAGGAAGUCAACACAGAUUUAUGAAAAUGAAAUCCUGUUUUGACUAAUUCAUCCGAUUGUUUUGGUUAAUGUUGUAACUAAUAGAAUGGAUAAGGACGAACCAUUAGAUACAGUUUAUUUGGAUUUUCACAAGUAUUUAAGAUAUUGGCUAAAACAGCAAAUUGAAUGGAGUAAUAUAUUAGCACAAUUGGAGAUUGGUUACUGAGAGAAAACAGUAGGAAUAAACAGGCUGGUAAACACACUGCAACUACUCAUAUCACAAGAAUCAAUGAUUGUCUUUCAGAUAUCUACAAUCUGUAUUGAUGAUGGGAUGGAGUGUAAUGCAGAGUCUAGAU